UUUCAGUGUUCUCCACGCUGGCGAGCUCGGUGUGUCUCGCCAUCCCAGGCAGCUGCAUCCGUUUGUCUUGAGGGGAUUCAGGUACUCGGAAAUGGUGUCCAGCGGCUCUUGUCUAAUCUAGGCAUAUGCAGAAAACAAAACCGCAACCGUACUGAGAUCCCCGCAGACGGCCAACUGCUAUAAAAAUAGGCAAUAAAGCAAUUCCUCUGACGCAGAGAAGCUUAAGAUUGGGGAAGAGCGCAGAGCUCUGGGUGGAGAACGGAGAAUACCAUGCUCGGAGAGUCUCGCCCACCAAAUGAGCGUUAAAUUAAAAGAACGUUAUCCAAACGAAGCAGACUCAGUCAGUCAUUGACAACGAACCCGAAACAACGAACGACCGCGGCGGGUGAAAACCACGCGAAGCGAAGAGUUAAUUGCCGGCGAGCAUAGAGCCCAUUUGGAAUAUUAACUAAUUAAAGCCAACGCGACCCAUCCCCGAAAUGCGCGACGCCGCCGAAGAUCAAUCCGUGUCCGUCCCGAUGCCUGCCUCCGCUUCCGCCUCCGCUGCAAGCUCUCCGCCGGUAGCAGCAUCAGACCGCCGGCUGACCCAGCGAUUGCUUCUGGAACUGCUGGUGAUCGUGGUCCUCCUCAUACCCAUCUGCGUUUACGAGUUCGCGGUGGAUCCCGUUCGGCGGGGCUUCUUCUGCGACGACGAGAGCAUCAGCUACCCGUUCCGGGACAACACGAUAACCCCGGUGAUGUUGGGUCUGAUCGUGGGGCUGUUGCCGCUGCUCCUCUUCGUCCUAGUGGAGUAUGUGCGCCACCUGCAGGCUGGAGAGAUUUCUACAACUGUUGACCUGCUGGGAUGGCGCGUUUCCACCUGGUAUGUGGAGCUGGCCCGGCAGUCCACCUACUUCUGCUUCGGCAUGCUCCUCACCUUUGACGCCACCGAGGUGGGCAAGUACACCAUCGGCCGCCUGCGUCCGCACUUCCUGGCCGUAUGCCAGCCGCAGCUGACGGACGGCAGCCUCUGCUCGGACCCGGUCAACCUGCACCGCUACGUGGAGAACUACGAGUGCGCCGGCGAGGGCUACUCCAUCGAGGAUGUGCGCCAGGCGCGGCUCAGCUUCCCCAGCGGCCACUCCAGUCUGGUCUUCUACGCCAUGGUGUACGUGGCGGUCUACCUACAGCGAAAGCUCACCUGGCGCGGCUCUAAGCUCAGCCGCCACUUUGUGCAGUUCGUGCUGGUCAUGCUGGCCUGGUACACGGCACUCAGCCGCGUGAUGGACAACUGGCACCACUGGUCGGACGUACUCGCCGGAUCGCUACUCGGCGUGGCCGGGGCAUUGAUCACCGUCCGCUACAUAGCGAGGCUGUUCGACCUGCCUUUCGACGGGGGUGUGGGCACCAUACUGGGCGGUGGGCUGCGGCGGGAGAACACCGCGGCCACCCUGCAGGAGGAGGUGUGCCCUAGCACGCCGCCACCCUACUCGGCGACCAGCAGCUACAACGACGAUCAGUAUUGUACGAAGGUCUGAAAGAGGCCAGGAGCAUGUCCGCUCGAAGCAUUCCAAAGAUAGCAAUAAAGAAUAGACCGAA